CCCACCCAAGGCCAGAGUCAUGUGACCGCUGCUCACGUGUCGCUGCAGCCGGCCGGGCUUGAGGCACCGCAGUUUUAAGAAAGAAGACAUCGGGGGCCGGAGAGAGAAGUAAGGAGACUCAGAUCCCAAAUCUUUGGGGAGAAGGAGGUGUAAAGAGCAGCUCUCCCUCCACCACAGCCAGACAGGUGGAAAGAGCAGGUUGAGGAGAUCCAUAGCCCACAGGCCUCCUAGGAUCGAAGCCCCAAACAGUCUGGUGUCACCCUGAAGCUGAAGGUGUUCCCUCAGCUCCCCAGGAGAUGUGGCCGUGAGACAGAACCCAGAGACCCUGCAGGAAGAGGACUUCCAGGGCCAUGGCCCAGGUCAGCAUCAACAAUGACCCUGGCGAGUGGGGCUUAAGCACGGACUCCGGGGAGCGUGCCCGUCUCCUGCAGAGUCCCUCUGUGGACAUAGUCCCCAAGAAUGAGGGGGAGACCUCUCCUGGGGGUCUGGACAGAGGCACCACUUCCACACUUGGAGCCGUCUUCAUCGUUGUCAAUGCCUGCCUGGGCGCCGGGCUGCUCAACUUCCCAGCAGCCUUCAGCACUGCUGGAGGCGUGGCAGCUGGCAUCGUGCUGCAGAUGGCCAUGCUGGUUUUCAUCAUUAGCGGCCUCGUCAUCUUGGCCUACUGCUCCCAGGCCAGCAAUGAGAGGACCUACCAGGAAGUGGUGUGGGCUGUGUGUGGCAAGCUGACGGGCGUGCUGUGUGAGGUGGCCAUUGCCGUCUACACCUUUGGGACCUGCAUUGCCUUCCUCAUCAUCAUUGGGGACCAGCAGGACAAGAUUAUAGCCGUGAUGGCAAAGGAGCCUGAGGGGGCCGGCGGCAGCCCCUGGUACACAGACCGCAAGUUCACCAUCAGCCUCACUGCCUUCCUCUUCAUCCUGCCCCUUUCCAUCCCCAGGGAGAUCGGCUUCCAGAAAUAUGCCAGCUUCCUGAGCGUCGUGGGCACCUGGUAUGUCACUGCCAUCAUUAUCAUCAAGUACAUCUGGCCCGAUAAAGAGAUGACCCCAGCGGACAUCCUGAACAGGCCAGCUUCCUGGAUAGCUGUGUUCAAUGCCAUGCCUACCAUCUGCUUCGGAUUUCAGUGCCACGUGAGCAGUGUGCCCGUCUUCAACAGCAUGCAGCGGCCCGAGGUGAAGACCUGGGGCGGGGUGGUGACGGCCGCCAUGGUCAUAGCCCUCGCGGUCUACAUGGGUACAGGCAUCUGUGGCUUGACCUUUGGAGCUGCCGUGGACCCUGACGUACUCCUGUCCUACCCCUCGGAGGACGUGGCUGUAGCCGUCGCCCGAGCCUUCAUCAUCCUGAGUGUGCUCACCUCCUACCCCAUCCUGCACUUCUGUGGGCGGGCGGUGGUCGAAGGCCUGUGGCUGCGCUACCAGGGGACGCCGGUGGAGGAGGACGUGGGCCGGGAGCGGCGGCGGCGCGUGCUGCAGACGCUGCUCUGGUUCCUGCUCACCCUGCUGCUGGCGCUCUUCAUCCCUGACAUCGGCAAGGUCAUCUCAGUCAUCGGAGGCCUGGCCGCCUGCUUCAUCUUCGUCUUCCCAGGUCUGUGCCUCAUUCAAGCCAAACUCUCUGAGAUGGAAGAAGUCAAGCCAGCCAGCUGGUGGGCAAUGGUCAGUUACGGAAUCCUCUUGGUCACCCUGGGAGCCUUCAUCUUCGGCCAGACCACAGCCAACGCCAUCUUUGUGGACCUCUUGUCUUAACCAGUACCUCCCAGGGAACACUUGGCCUUUGCCAUUGGACCCCGGACCACCUCAUAGACCUUUGGGGCCACCUGAGUCUGGCAACACUCCCCUCUACUGGUGGGAUGACACCUGGACAUCCUUCUUCAAGGACGAUCUGGGAUGAAACCAGGCCCCACACCUCUGGACAGCUCAAACCCAGCUCCCUUCCUGCUCCCCCAUCCUGGCUGGGCUGUGGAUAGUGGGAGGAGGUCUCGUGUCACAGAGGAACCUUCUCCCCUUCUUCACCUCUCAAAUUCUCCAUGCCUGGAAGUCAUGGGUGAAGAGGGUCAUGUCUCCAAAGAAAGAGCCCAGUCUGACUUCCCUCUGCAGAAGGAAUGUGGACCAAGGGCUGCUCUCUCCACAGAAAAGCCCAUCCUGAGUAGGGGCCGUGCUCCUUACCCCUGACUCAGUGCCUGCUCCAGGCUGUCGGCAGCUCAGCCAGCAUGGCUUCCUCUGGCAAGUUCCAGAAGUAGCGCUGAAGUCACACAAAUGUGCAGAAGCAGGCAGACUGAUGCCUCUCUGCUGCCUCCCGAGGCCACAGUGAGCCCUCUUUCCCAUGGCCGACUGACAUGUCCAAGGCUUUUGGGGCCUCACUCUUUCUCUUUACCCAGACCUGAUGGUCCAGGCAUCCCUCUGCUUCUCCACCCCUAGACAUCACCAAGUCUAAUGUUUACAAACGGUGCCAGCCCAACUCUGCACCAGGGGCCAGGGGCCGUGCCACGGUGCUGUGAGUACUCCCCCCCCACUGCCCCCCUCUCCCGCACCUUCCGCAUGGCGGGGAGUCUGCUCCUCUCUCUCAGAUUCCACACAGGCCCUUUUCAGAGGCACAAGGGUGGGUGAUGGUGAAGGCUGGGGAUGUUUCAGACCCAUGCAGGCUGGGCUGGUGAGAAUCAAGAUGAACCUUUCUGGAAUCUUCUCUUGCAGUGGUGGCUUUUCUCCCUGCCCUCCAUGUCCCCCCUACCCUGCUAGCCCUCCCCUGGUAGCCUGCAGACGAGGAAGGCAGCCGAGCUGUCACUGGGCAACAACUGCGUGUAGUCCUGCCAGCCUGGAAGUUUCCCUUCAAUCUGGAUCUUGUCUGCUCCUUCUCAUCAUCUCUCCAGCCUCUACCCCACUUCUCCACAUUGCUCGAUCGCUCCUGCUUACAUAAGUAUGGGGUGAGGGUGGACCAAACCCUCUCGUCCCGUUCCCCAGCUCCUCAUGUCCACCAGGCCUGGCCUGUCACACCAAGGUCACACCUAGGUUGUGCAGGGUGAGAAGGGAUGUUGGAGUUCCCGUCGUGGCUCAGUGGUUAACGAAACCGACUAGGAACCAUGAGGUUGCAGGUUCGAUCCCUGGCCUUUGCUCAGUGGGUUAAGGAUCUGCUGUUGCCAUGACCUGUGGUGUAGGUCUUAGAACAGCUUGGAUCCGGCAUUGCUGUGGCUCUGGCGUAGGCUGGUGGCUACAGCUCCAAUUAGACCCCUAGCCUGGGAACCUCCAUAUGCCGCGGAGCGGCCCUAGAAAAGCCAAAAAGACAAAAAAAAAAAAAAAAAAGAAGGGAUGUUAUUUGCCCCCUUCAUGUUCCCAUUUUGAACACCUUGGCCACUCAGGCCACCCAGGUACCAAAUCAGGCUUCCUCUGCUUGGACCCCUCAGCAUUUUCCCUGGCCCCUCCUGUCCCAAACCUCUGAACCCAGGGGCCGGGGGUUGGGGGGGGGCACCCACCCUCAGGGCAGUGAGAUAGAAGACGCAGGGGCAGCUGGGGGUGGACCCUCUCGACCCCUGGGGCUGUUUUCCCUCAGCCUGCUGCUCGGCACCAGGCCCUGUAGCGCCCAGCCUCCUAAUGUUGGAUUUCAGUGGAGGGGCGCGGGGUGCCAGGGGAGUCAUUGCACAGCAAUGGACCAAUCAGGAAAAGGAGCUGGAAUCUGGCCUCUUGGCCGAACCUCAGGAGCCCCUUCCCCUGCCCUCCCUGCCAGGGCAUUUUACUGUUUCUCUUCUACCUGUGCACAUUCUGACCAGAGAGGAUGGCUAAUAAAAAGGGACUUGUGCUGCUGA